AUGGAAUUCGGACACGAUGCAAAACGUGUCAGCAAAAGAUCUUUGUUAGGAAACUAUCUUGUGAAGAAGUACGAGAAUGUAUUUGCAUCGAUAGACAAUGCUGUUCCUCCAGGGGACAGGGAAAAGUUGCUAUCGAAUAAGGACUUGGUGCAAGGAAUAGCGACCUCUUUAUUUGAUGCUACCUGGGAAAGGUUCAAGACGAUGAGAGAAGAUGAUACGAAGACAAUUGACGAUGAUUUUCAAGAGUAUAUCAACAACGAAACAGAUCUCGAGAGUAAUGAUAGUUUCUGGAAGGAUGAGAAUUUUAGACAGGAGUAUGAGAUCAGAUCCGCUUCUUCUGAAGAGGAGCGGGAGAAACCGAAUGUCAAGACGUCUCUGAGAAAGCAAGCAAAGGAUACCGUUGAAGAAACAAGGGAACAUUUCAUUGAUAUGGUCAUUGACAGGCUCAUAUUAAGCAUCCUUCCUGAUGAACUUCCAGAGAGGGAACAGUUCAGCCAAAGAGUUGCUGAACCAGGACGCAGACACUCACAAACUGUGAGUGUCACAAUUAUGAAUAAGAAUGUUCGAGCUUUAACCUCGAGAUUGGGCGCAAUAUUCGAACUGCAGGAUAUAUUGAUAAGAUUGUUAACUUGGAGAAAUCCUUCUGGAACACUCCUUGCAUUGAUUGCAUUUACCCAAAUUUGUUUUAAUCCAAUGCUUCUUGUAAUAUUACCUAUACUGUACCUUAUGUUUGGCUUAAUGAUUCCUGGAUACUUGCAUAGACAUCCGUUACAUAGAGGCAUCUACCUUUCCAAGAGAUCGUAUGGUAAAUCCCUUAUCAAAAGUAUCACCACUGGAGGUAAUACGUCUAAGCUACAGUUGCGCGAUUCUAUUCAUGAGUUUAAUUACGAAGAUAUUGAUAUCAAUGAUUUGCGAAAGGCAAAUACGGUACGUCAAAGUAUGGAGUUCGUCGUCAAUUUAAGAGAUUUACAGAAUUUAAUGAGCACGUUAGUGUCUGUUAUUGAUAAGAUGGAAAAGUUCAUGUACGGUACUGCAGGUUUCAAGAAUGAGCAAUAUUCAACAGUUGUUUUCCUCUCCUGUUUUGUGGUCUUAUUCUUAUUGUGGAUAAUAACUCCGUUUAUUAAUUGGGGUCUCAUGGCGAGCUUGCUGGCAUGGUCUAUUAUGACCAUCAUACAUCCCCGAGUUCGUCCUACAGUAUUUGGAUUGUUGAAGAAAGAACAACUGGAUAAGGGGAAAGAAGCUCUCAGGAGAACGGAACGUUAUGACAUUCUAUUGGAUGAACCUGUGGAGACAAGGUGGGUAGAGGUAUUUGAGAUCCAAAUGCAAGGUAUCACGGAGCAAGAAUGGUCACCCUAUAUGUACUCCACACAGGUCUUUGACAAAUCUGAUCCGUAUAGAAAAUCUCAAAAACCACCGCCAGGAGCGCACAGUAUGGACGACUUAAAGCCACCUCCGACAUGGACGUUUGACUCAAACUCCGAAUGGACUACCGACACCAACGUGGAACAAUGGGCCACUGAGAGAGGAUUAGAAAUGACGAGAAUAGAAGGGGAUUAUCUGGUAGAUGAUCAAUUUAAGAGGAAAAGGUUAAUACGUAAAGUUAUCAGGUAUGCUAAUCCGGCUAGGAUACCAUCGUACCGCUGA